AUGCCUGCCAACCGCCCAAUCCGCAUCGGGAACGUCUCCGGCGCAACAGGGGACCAUCCCCGCGCGAUGCACCGGAUGGCGUGUGACGGUAACAUCGACGUUAUAGUUGGCGACUGGUUAUCCGAGAUGAACAUCGCGUGGAACGCCAUUGCGAAGGCCCAGGAUGAUCAGGUGGGUUUUGAGCAGGGGUUUCUGGAUCAGUUGGGGAGCUGUCUUGAUGUGAUUGUGCGGAGGGGGAUUAAGGUUGUUAGUAAUGCUGGGGCGUUGAAUACGCCUGCCCUUGCGGCGAAGGUGGAAGGGCUUUGUAGGGAGAGGGGGCAUGGGGGUGUUGUUGUCGCGCAGGUGCUUGGGGAUGAUAUUUCAGAGUGUUUGGAGGGGGCAUUGAGGCAUCUGGAUCAUGAGGAGUGGAGGUUGGGGGACUGGCCGUUUGAGCCGCAUUGUGGUGUUGCGUAUAUCGGGGCUUGGGGGAUCGUGGAGGCUCUUAAUGCCGGUGCGGAUAUCGUCAUCUGUGGGAGAGUCACUGAUGCGUCGCCGGUGAUUGGGGCUGCUGCGUGGUGGUAUAACUGGUCGAGGGAUGCCUGGGAUGAGCUGGCUGGGGCGUUGGUUGCUGGUCAUUUGAUUGAAUGCGGUGCAUAUGUCACCGGUGCGAACUUCUCCGGUUUCAAAGCCUUCCUCUCUGACCUGGUCGACCUCUGCUUUCCAAUUGCAGAGAUCAGUCCAGACGGCACCUGUGUGAUAACAAAGUGCGAGAAGUACGCCGGUGCAGUAACAAAGGAGAACACAAUUGCCCAGCUGCUAUACGAACUGCAAGGAGAGACCUACCUGAACUCAGACGUGGUAGCAGAUUUGAAAGACAUCUGCGUCGAACAAGUCGCCAAAGACCGCGUGCUUGUCCGAGGAGUAUCAGGCUCACCACCUCCCCCGACGACUAAGGCCAUGGUUGCUGCACAGGCAGGGUAUCAAGCAGAGGCUACGUUCUAUAUGAACGGGCUGGAUAUUUACCAGAAGGCGGAGAUGAUGCGGAACCAGCUCGAGUAUAUCUUCACGGGACAUAACUUCUCAAAACUUUCAAUUGAACUGUAUGGAUCGCCUGCUGUAGACCCAAAAAGCCAACAGGCUGGUACGGUGUCACUACGUGUCUUCGCGCAGGCACGAAAGAGAGAGGAUAUCACGGCGGACAAGUUCAAAAUUCCAAUCUAUGCCCUGCGGAUGCAGAGCUAUCCUGGAUAUCAUAUGAACCUAGACUUCCGCACAAUGGACCCAAAGCCCUUCAUGGAGAUCUUCCCUGUCAUAUUCCCACUGGACAAGAUUAACCACCGGGUGAAGCUAUCCAAUGGACGAACCAUACAAGCUCCACCAUCCCCAGAAACAAGAAAAUACCCCGUCCAACGCCCAUCCUACGAGACGCAGACCCCCAUCGCUAUAUCGGAAUUCGGACAAACACAACGUGCACCACUUGGGAGUAUCGUUCACGCCCGGUCUGGCGAUAAAGCCGAUAACUCGAAUGUGGGAUUCUUCGUGCGGAAUCAGGAUGAGUACCUGUGGCUGCAGUCGUUUUUGACAGUCUCGCGCCUGAAGGAGCUGUUUGCGGAUGACUGGCCGAAGGAUAAAGAGCCGGCUGUUGAGAGAUGCGAGUUUCCUAAUAUCCUGGCGGUGCAUUUCAGGGUACUCGACUUCCUGGGUGGAGGAAUUGCUAGUUCGAGUCGUAUUGAUGGACUUGGAAAAGGGGUUGGUGAGUACCUGCGCAGUCGCGUCGUUGAGGUCCCGGUGAAGUUCCUAGAGAGAGGGUGGAUAUGA